AUGUGGGGGCUAACCGCAACGCAGGAGGAGGCCAAAUCGUUGAGAACGAAAAGGAGGGUCAAAUGGGUGAACCCUUCGGAGAGGAGUCCUGCAGAGGAAGCGGACGAAUGGGGGAACCUGAGCCAUGGCAACAUGUCCGCUCCCACCCCAGGGGAAGAAGAACCCAACUGUGAGACAGCCAUAUGGGGAAGGAACCCCCCUCAUGAAGAAAAACCCAGUGAGGAGAAGUACACACAAAGAAAGGGGAGUAGUACCCCCCCAAAUGAGGAACUCCGCAAAAUAUACCAAGGAGUGCAAAAGAAACUCUAUCAAAAGUACAACCACCAGGGAGUGGGAAGCGACCCACAUAAGGUAGAGACAUACGAGAGGAACUACGAACAAGUGAACGAGUUAAACAUCCAUCGAAUGCUACUGCUAGGGUUGGAAACACUUAACAUAAGCGAACUGAAUCAAAUGCAAAUCAACAGCUUCCUAACCAUACAGCAGGGGAAAGACAUACUCAUAAAUUACCCGGACGGCUCAGGCAAAACCGUAGCCUACCUGCUCCCCCUCCUAAAUAAUAUUUAUUUUGUGCAUGACUAUUUGGAGGAGCUCAUCCUGGAAAGCUACCAUGAGGGAAAGGGAAAGAGGUGUGGAAACUCCGUUCGGGAAAACUUCAAAUUUAACAACAACUUUGAUGUGUAUAGCGAAAUGAGGAGGUACUUCCUCAAGUACAGUCACUACAGGAGGAAUGUACUGCUGGGGGAUGAUGCCCACCAGGUGGGGAAGAAGAUGAACCGGAGGUUUCACCUGCUGCCAAGUCACUUUGAUGAGCUGCACGAGGGACCCACGCGGGGGUCUCCACCCCUAGGUAGGACUCAUCUGUCGCAGAAAAAAAAGAAUACACCCUUGGGGGGUCGAAAUGGAGACCAACCUGACAAUAGCCGCAAAGACGAGGGAGCUAACCGAAGAACCGUCAGCCUGAUGAACAAACUCAUAGAAGUAAUAAAAAUUAACCGAAUCAACCUGAACAACCUAAAUAGUGACCGUGCCAAUAGGGAGGAGCUAGCCAAAUUGGAAAACGUUCUAAAAUACAACGUUAAGGUGAAGGAGGAAGAACCCAACUGGGUGGCCACCCCUCCAGAGAGUGACGAAUGCAUCUACCGAUACCUAACUAGGAACCCAUUACAAAUUAAUAAGCCAGUUAUUAUCCUUACGGUAAAUAAAGAUAACAUAAGUCAAAUUGUUCGGGUGAUAAAGCAGCUGGACGUGCUCAACCGGAUCAACAUACAGACGUUGAAUGGUGUGCCUUACGAGGAUGUGCAGCAUUCCACUAGGGGUGAAAUAACUGAGAUAGCGCCGCAAAGUGAAGAGGUGGAAAUACAGUUGGAGAGCAUCCACCACCCCGAAAACAUCCACGUGGUAAACGUCAACCGAAUGGCCAACCCCGUGUUGUGCAAGGACGAAAUCUUGUGGACUUGUGCAGACGUAGUGAUUACCACCCCCGACAUCUUUCUCCACGCAUACCAAAACGAACGAACCAGACAGAUCCUCCCAUCCAUUAUCAUUUUCGAUGAGGUAGAUAUGCUUUUUCAAAAUAAUGCCUACAGAAAUACCGUGAUGAACAUUUUUCACCUUGUUAAGAGGAGACCCGAGAUUUACAACCCCCAUGUUGACGUUAGCAGUGCGGGGCUGGAAGAGGUGGCCACCUCGAUUGAGGCGGCUUUGGCGAGCGGCCCAAAAGAGGUUCCGUUAACGAACGGUGAGGCGAACGCGGCUCCGUUAACGAGCGGUGAUGCAAACGCGGCUCCGUUAACGAGCGGUGAUGCAAACGCGGCUUCCUUAAGGAGCGGUGGCGAGAAAGCGACUUCUCCCCUUGGCCAACCCCAAAUUUUAAGCGCCUUCCAAAGUGGACUUCACCCCGUUGAUGGCGACUUCGAACGAUGUCACUUUGGAGACCUCGACAUGUCGCCCCUUGAGGGGGCCAAACGGGGGAACCCGGAAAAGGCGAAAAAGGAGGAACGGGCGAACCUUCCCCCCCGGGCGAAGGAAAAAGCGCGAGAGCUGCCGCUCCUCCAGAUGAUAUACGUCAGCUCGACGCUGCCCUCCGUGGGGCACACCACCGCGGGCAGCAUGCUGGCGGAGCGGUUCAGCAACCUGGUCGAAAUUGUGUGCAGGGAGAACUACCACAUCCCGAGAAACGUGCGAACGCAGUGGAUAGAACUAAACAGAGACAAAAUUUUAAGUCACUUCCUGUUUAGCGGCGGGGAGGGGGGCACACAAAAUGGGGAGGACAGCUCGGGUGUGGCAGCCGAGGACGAGGGGACCUCUCAGAAUAGCGGUUUCGACGCUCAACGCAGUGCUUCCCCCGCUCACCCUGUGGGCAGCCUGAAGGACGCCGCCCUAUCCAGCAAGAUCAACAAACUGGAGAACAGCUCCUUCGAGCACAGGCUGGACCUGCUAAUCCACGUUUUGAAAAAGUACCACGAGUGGUCAGCUAGCUCAGGGUUCUACAAAGACACAGAAUUUUCUGAACAUGGUCAGGCGAAAAAGGAUACAACGAACAAACCCUUAGGAGGGAGGGGAAAAAAAAAAAAAAAAAACUUUUCAAACUCAGCAAAAGGGGGGCAGUUCCACCUCAUUGACAACGAAGAAGUUUACAAAACGAUCGUAUUUGUUAACAGCGUAAAGGAUUGCAUGCGGAUCUAUUUUUUUUUAAAAAAACACAACUGGCCCGUCUUCUGCUUUCACAAAAACAUAUCAAUAAAUUCGCGGAUGCAAAAUCUGCACAGCUUCCACCACGCGCACGUUGCCAUUUUAGUGACCACCGAUUUGUUGAGCAGAGGCAUAGACACCAAGAAUGUGGACCACAUAAUUAACUUUCAUUUUCCUUCCGACGCGAUAACGUACCUCCACCGGCUAGGGAAAAUGAACAGGGGUGGCGGUGACCAUUACGACGCCCUUAAUGGCCGUAAUGAUGCGGAGAAAGGGCAAAUGCGGCACAGGCACACCCACCUGGAGGAGGAACACAUCGGUGGAGAAGCACACACGAAGCGGUCACACCAAGGAGACAAACAUUCGGAGCAUAUCCCAACCGAUCAUCAAGACAAAGACAACACCUUUCCCCACAAAAAAAAAAACUUUCUCGUGACGAACUUCCUAUCAUUUUCAAAUCUCCCCUUGGCACAGGCGAUUAGAAGUUGUGAUGAAGAGAACACAAGUUUGCUUCCCCUUUUCUCGAGGAAAAAAUCUUUCAAAAUGAAAAUAAAAAGAAAGGAAAGUAAUGCCCGUGGGGGGGACAACAGAUACAUCGACGUUGGGGUGGAGGAAGAGGUUGCUACCAGAAUAGAUGAGGACUCUUCAAACGUGAGGGAGUCAAAAUUGCAGAGGGGGCACUCCCCCCAUCAGGAAGAGGCACAAUUCGAGAAGGGUCACUCGAGGGAGCCCUCCACGUGCGAAAGGGACGAGAGAAAUGUCUACGUGCAGGCGCCAUUCUCCGUUUUUUCGCUGGACGAGUCGGGCGAGGAGUCCGAGGGGAGCGGCACAGAUGGGGAAGAAGCAGGCGAGGAAGGCUACACAGAGGAGGAGGACACAGAUGAUGAAGACACAGAUAAAGGCUACACAGAUGGGGCAACCCCCCCGCAGGGCAAAUUGGCCCAACGGAGAGCGGCUGCAAAAGGAAAAGUUAAAAGAAAACAUAACCCGCGUGCCGAUGAUGCCCACGCGCACGAUCCCCCUGGAGAGACACCCUCCUGUGAGGAAAAAAAAUCGCUUCGAAGAUGUCGCCAAUCGAGAGUACCUUCUGGUGGUUCCCCCCCUCGUGAUAAAAUCCCAUCCUGGGAUGACGUCCAAUUUGACCACAAGAAAUUUCUGGUGGAGAGGUUCAAGAGCAGCGAUUGCUACCUGAUGGGGCAAGUCAAACGGGGGAAGCUCAUUUUUAACAAUUUUGAAAGUAGUGCAGAUGGCGACGAUGAUGAGGAGUUGCUCUUUUGA